AUGGCGGCUGGGCCCGGAGCGCGGCGCCGGAGCAGCGCAGUCGGCGUCGUGCUGCGGCUGGGGCUCCUUGGGGCUGUGCUGGGGACUGCCCGGACUGCGGUGUAUUUCCGGGAGCAGUUUCUGGACGGAGGUGGUUGGCAGAAGCGCUGGGUGAGCUCUAAGUCCAGGCCAGACCUUGGCACAUUUCAGCUCUCUGCUGGGAAGUUCUACGGGGAUCCUGUGAGAGACAGAGGUCUACAAACAAGUGAAAACUCCAAGUUUUAUGCAAUCUCCUCACGAUUUAAACCGUUUAGUAACAAAGGGAAGACUCUGGUCAUUCAGUAUACUGUGAAACAUGAGCAGAAGAUAGAUUGUGGUGGGGGAUAUGUAAAGAUUUUUUCCUCGGACUUGGAUCAGAAGAACCUGAGUGGAGCUUCCCCUUACUACAUCAUGUUUGGGCCAGAUAUUUGUGGAUCUGAGACAAAGAAAGUCCAUGUUAUUUUAAAUUACAAGAAUAAACUUCAUCCAGUCAAGAAACCAAUCAGAUGUAAGGUUGAUGGAUAUACACAUCUGUAUACUUUAAUCAUAAGGCCAGACCAGACUUAUGAAGUAAAAAUUGAUAACGAAGUGGCUGCUUUGGGCAACUUAGAGGAUGAUUUGGAUUUCUUGCCACCAAGGAAAAUUAAUGAUCCAGCAGUGAAGAAACCCAGUGAUUGGGAUGAUCGAGCCCACAUCGAUGAUCCAAAUGACAUCAAACCUGAGGAUUGGGAUGAACCUGAGUACAUUAUGGAUACUAGUGAUGAGAAACCAGAAGACUGGGAUCAUGCUGUGCAUGGAGAGUGGAGUUAUCCUAUGGUCAAGAAUCCUCUAUACAAAGGAGAGUGGAAGCCAAGGCAGAUUGAUAACCCAGACUAUAGAGGCGUUUGGCCCCAUCCACAGAUCGACAAUCCGCAUUACUCACCUGACUGCAAUAUCUACAGCUAUGAAAACAUUGGCGCCAUCGGACUGGAUAUCUGGCAGGUGAGAGCUGGCACAAUUUUUGACAAUUUCUUGAUAACAGAUGAUGAGGACUAUGCAGAAGACUUUGGAGAUGAAACGUGGGGAGAAACAAAGGAUCCUGAAAAGGAAAUGAACAUAAGGCAGGCUGAAGAGGAGCAGCACAGACAAAGGGUCACGGAAGAAGAAAACUUUGAGCAAUGGUUUAAGAAAAAACGAGAGGGAAAAAGUGAAUCUCAGAAAGAUAGAAUAAGGAAGAGUCCUGUCGAGAAAGAGGAGUUGUAA